AUGUGUUAAACAUCCGAAGAAGGAAAACAACGCGUUGGAUAAAAUUAUUUGGAAAGUAACAGAAUGAGUGACGCUGAGGAGCAACAGUUGACAGAACAAGUCGAUUCAUUGAGUAUCGAUCAACCCACAAGUAGUGGAGAAGAAAAGCAGCCAGAUACGCAGAACUUAAACAGUGACCAGAAGGAAGCGUACCGUAAUAUAUGCGAAAAAUUAGAUCAAAAUGGUAACUCAGUUAUCAUGAUCAAUGCUCCAAGCGAAACUGGUAAAACGUUCCUUCUGCGCACUUUGGCUAAAAACUACCAGAAAUCAGAGUUUAUUACAUUCCGGAAAGACCAGGCAAGUAAUAUUACAUUGGAGGGUAUACAGACGAACACGUUUGUGUCUUUUUGUACGCGUCACUUUAAUCUAACGUAUCAUCAAGCAAUUCAAAUGUUUCACACGUCCCGUAAAGAUAUGAUUGAAGAACUUUAUAAGGUAAUCCUGUACUCUAAAAAAUUUGUCGCUGAAGACACAUCCGUUCUUAUUUUAGACAUAUACACUAUACCCUCACCGGCCAUGUUGAUUCUAUUAUACAUACUGUCCCUUAAACAUAAGCUGCACUUAAUUUUUGCUGGAGAUGGUUUGCAAUUAAAUUCUAUCAGUAAAUCUGUAUUUCAUAAGGAAAGUAAUUAUUAUAUUAUUCAGAUAUUGCAGAACUUGACAAUAAGUAAUUUAAAUAAAAGCAUGCGAAUACAUGAUCCUGUGCUUCAAGAAAAAGUACAAAAUUUUUAUAAACUUCUGCAGCAAGUACAACUUGCUGGGAACGUUCCGUUGAAUUAUAACAUACGUUACUAUCUAUAUACUAUGUUUCGACCGCAAUAUCACGCUUCUGAGAGUUUUGAUACUAUUUACAUUGCUCAAACUCAUUGCAACAUUACAAGACGUUUAUAUCGCUACAUCCAUCAACUGAACUUGACUGGUACAACGUAUUAUGAAGCACCAUUUUGUUAUGGACUAGACAAAACCAAGUUCCCUCUUGAUAGUAGUAAUCCUGAUAGUCAUAAAUAUAAAUUUUUUCCCACCUUGCUGUUAGUACGAGGAUGUAAAUAUAUAUAUAUUACUGAAGAAGGUAUCCAUCAUGUUGUUCGCUUGAAGGAUAUACUGUUUAAAGACAAUGAAAUUGAGAGUUUGAUAAUCAGUUUUUUGAAAGGUACAAAAGACGUUGAAACAAUUAAACGGGUUAAGCUUAAUUAUUAUCAGAUUUUACCAGAUUAUCGUAACUGGUUAUGCAAAACCAGUAGAAUUGAUAAUAAAAAUGAUAUAUGGCAAUUUCCUUUACGUCCAUAUGUGCUGACAUAUCAUGCUACUGUAGGACGAACAAUCGACGAAGCGCCUGUAGAGCUUAGUGCCGAGUGUGUAUACGCUAAUUUCUUAUACGUUGGUCUUUGUUCUGUACGCCAGAAUUCCGAUAUUCAUAAAAUUCAUGAUGAACGAGAUCUGCCAGGAUACUUGAUCACGAAGUAUAUGGAAACUCUUUCAGCAAAUGAAGACAGUAAAGAAUACUAUUAUCGUUGUGAUUUGACCAAAAGUGAAAUUGAUGAAUAUAUUGAUAAGAAAGACGGCAAGAAUCUAGAUAAUAUCAAAUGGACGACUAUGAAUGAUAUACAUAAUUUUGAGAGAAGACGAACAGGCUUUAUCCGCAUUAAACGUAGUGAAUACCAGAAGUCCAACAAAAAAGUAGAUACACCAUUCAUGCAAAUUACAAAAUUUGUCAAAGAAAAUCGAGACGCGAUACUUCACACAAUUGAAAUCUCACCUUUUAAAGAUUUUGACAAGUAUUGCAAAAAGGAAAAGAAAAAGAAGGAGGGGGAACAGCAACAAGAGGACGAAAAAUCAGAUGCAUUAUGUUACUUAAUUGAUGAAUACAAUCAGUGGUUUAAUUAAAAAGGAAAAGGAUGAUACAAGGAACAAAGAAUGAAAAAGAUUUAAAAGAAUAAGUCUG